AUGACAUCCGUCCAAAGCCUCACGCGCGCGAAUAUACGACAAAUACGCGUAUUCGAGACCACCAUUCUCCCCGAGCUUAUCUCAAAAGGCGACUGUAUCGCCGUGCGCGGCGAUGCUUUCCAGCUCCUGCUCGCUCUCUUCCCGUACGACGUAAUGGGCGCGCUUGGCAACGACCUCCUUAUCCUCGAGCGCGCUUGCGAGUUUGAGAAGUACCGAGACCUCCAAGACGCUCUACAGCGCGUUUUUGAUCAACAGAGAUUCCAACCGCUUUUAGACUGGUUACAGGGAAGACGAGGCCCGUCCCUAGGUACCAGGACGUUACCCGAUCCAGAUCCGCGCAAACAGAGCGAGAUGAACGCUAUCAUAGCUGCGUGGAAUCUACCGUACCACGGUGACGCCGCCGAAAACCUCUUCAAAACAUGCCAGUUGUACAUGAGAGAAAGCUCCACAGCCCAACCUCGCGUUCUGCCCUUCGUUCAGUCCACCGGGACCGGCAAAUCCCGCGCCGCUCGCGAGCUUUCGAGGUUCUGCAUGACACUCAAUGUCAAUAUCGCGGACCCACGCGACGAUCGCGUUUACCCUCCCACGGACCGCGCAGCACGAGACUUCCUAGUCGAGUGCUACAAGGACUUCCGCCAUGCGAGUAUAAGAGACGCUGAGAUACGGAAGAGUGUGCGGGUGCACGUUCAAACGUUCCUCCGUGGCCUUUUUGAGUGCCUGACGACCGCUCUUCAAGAUCUGUAUAAAGAACAUACCGAUUCCGAUAUGGGGUAUCUGGACCUGGCGGCUACCCUUUCGCGGAAGAUGAAUGAAGGAGGGACGUAUAAAGAGCACAACGGCUUUCGCAAGGACUUUUGGGACGAUGUCGUCGAUCUCGCGGACACGUCCAAAGCACAACACUAUGCGGGCAUCCCCGACUUACCUACGGGAUAUUAUGAUGUAGAGAACAACCCGCUCCAGACUGCGGCGAGGGAGCUUGUACGCUGGCUGGAAGACCACGGGGCAUCAGGUCCUGCUCCCUGGCUCAUCAUCACCUUAGACGGCUCAUCCACGCUCACGCGCAACGUUGGCAAACACAACGACAUUUCGCUCCUGUCAGAGCUCGAGAACGCGAUGUGCGAUCUACACAAUUUACCGAUAUUCAUCGUCGUCAUCGGCACAGUGCUGCAGAUGUACAAGCCCGACCCGUACAGCCGCCAUACCCCGCACGCUGAUUGUCCUCACACCGUCGUACCGUUCGAUAUCUUUACGAGCGAGGAGAAGGUGCCAAACAAUGGCUCGUGGCGGCUCGAACGGCUGGCUUCGACUCGCCGGUUAACUCACUCAGGGAGAGCACUCUUCGGAGCUCUGUACAACGCCGGCGACGAACACUUCCAAAAGAACGUGGCUUCCUAUGCAUGCACCAAGCUACUUGCCUACGACCCAGACCGUGUUUUAUCGGGCACGCAAACUCUCUCCGCUCUCACCGUCCUGCUCCCUCUCGAUUUUGCGCCCGACAACGAGCGCGAGCGUGCGCUGAUUGGGCGCCACAUGCGUCUCAUCAUCUCGACGAAUCCCGAAACACACACACCGCUCACGAUAUCGCCGUCUGAGCCUCUGCUCGCCGAGGCUGCAAGGAUGGCUGUGGAGCGCUACUCUGUAGACUUGCCAAAGGCUCUGCUCUCUCAUCUGGAGCGGCCAGGAGUCAGCGCGGGCACUCGAGGAGAGGUUGUGAGCGCUUUGAUCCUUCUUUUGGCCAUCAAUGCGGCGCGUCGGCCCGAGGACGGCCCGGUCUCUGUCAGCGCCACGGAUUCGCACAACGACGGGCUGCACCGUACGGUCACAGUAGAAGAGUUUCUCAGGGCUCUUGUACCAGACAAAUCCAUCGACGACGUUCUCAACCUCAAACCGCACGAUAAGCAGGACCGAGAGCCUCUCAAGUCCGCGUUCAAAGACGCGCGCAUUUGGCUCAACCACUGGGCGCGCGUCGAGGACCAGCGUGUGCUGCAGCAGAAGUACCUCUGGGGCCACCUUGCGCGCGGGGUGGGCGUCAUCUGCCCUAUCGACACCCGCAGCGUCGAUUUGGUCAUUCCUGUCCUCAUGAGACCCGAAGUCCGCUCCAGCAACAUCGCGCCAAUCAUAGUGCGCGUCGAAUCGAGCUGGAAUGCUACUCGUAGCGCGGACAUGACCUUCGAUUGGAUGGACCCCUUCCAGAUCGGCAUCUUCGACCAUGAGACUCGCGGGCAGGUCGAAGUCUGGCCUGUUCUCCGUUUGGUCAUGGCGCCGGCCGUAUCGAAGAACGAGGCGGGCGUAGUCUUUCGCGAGAGGUCGUCUGAAGGAACGUCUCCUCGGGGUCGUGGCUUUUCGGCUUACGACAUCUUCUUCGCUGGUCUCUUGCCGCAAACGUACAAGGUCAUACAAGACAACGCGGUGGCGGAGGUGUACAAGGACCUGUUCAGGUUGACGGGUGUAUGCGAUCUGAGUACGCUCGACGAGGCGGAGAUGGGGCAGUUUCCGGUUUGGGAGGGAAUUGUGACGGCGCGGCGCGCGAUUCUGGAACCCUGGAGGUUGGAAGGCGAUGCUUUCGAUGAUACUACCCCAUAA